AUGACGAACGAGUUUUGGGUCGACCUUUGGGCGGGCUGGAUCGCCGGCGCCGCAUCCGUCCUCGCGGUCCAGCCCGUGGACACCACCCUGACCCGCAUGCAGGCCACGCGUUUGGCGCCCGGCGUGGACGGGAGCGCGAGAGCGGCGCUUCGCGUGGUGCUCGCCGAGGGGGGCGCGCGCGCUCUGUGGCGCGGAGCCGCGCCGAUGACCGCGGUGAUACCGGCGCAGAACGCGCUUCUCUUCGCAGGGUACGGCGUGGGCGAGCGGUGGGCGUCGCGCAGGGACAAAGACUCCGGUGGAAACCCCGACGGUUCGUCCCGCGAGUCGCUGCUCCCCGUCUUUUGCGGCGGCGUCGUCGGCGGAGUCCUCCAGUCCUUCGUCGUCUCCCCGUUCGAGCUCGUCAAGAUCAGGCAGCAAGCCGCGGGCGGGGCGGUGACCCUCGCCGUGUCCACCCUCGCCGGUAACCUCGGCCGCGUUGGGCUUUGUACGAGGGGAUUGGGCGCCACUUUACUCAGAGACGGCGUGCCGCACGGAGUGUGGUUUGCGGCGUACGAGUGGUCCAAGCGACGGAUGGUCCAAGCGUCGAGAGAUGAUGAUGAUGAUGAGGCGACGACGAGCCGCCGGACGGACGCGGCGGUGCCGUUGUGCGCCGGGGCGUUCGCGGCGGCGGUGGCGUGGGGGGUGGGCUACCCCGCGGACCUGGUCAAGACGAGGGUGCAGGCGCAGGCGGCGGCGGCGGCGGCGGCGGGUGGGGCGACGAUGAUGCGGUCGGCGCCGGGUCUGGCGGAGACGUGCGCGGCGAUGCUUCGCGAGAGCGGCGGGGACGUCCUCAGGGCGUUCUAUCGGGGGUUUGAUCUCAAGCUGCUGAGGGCGGUGCCGGCGUCGGCGGUGUCGUUCUUCGCGUACGAGGAGGCGCGGCGAUGGUUGGAGCGCGAGUGA